GUAACGUAGAUCCGCCACAACGGCCACACAGCCACAACAAGGGGCUCAUUUGACAGGUGUCAUUUCCGUCGGUAUGUCAGAAUUUGCAGCGAAUGCUCAAAAUAAAUACACACAGGGUGUGCGAUGCGAUUGAUCUUACGCAAAAGCUGAUUCCUUCGGAUUGCAGACUUGUUGGUGUACGAGAGAGAGAGAGAAAGAAUCAGAGGAAUAUUUCAGGCAGAAAAAUGUUUGUUAUAUUUUUUUCAACCGCAUUAUCAUAGGCUGCGAUUCUGCAGGUUGAUAACCUGUUCCUACUGUUUUUGACGCAGACUUAUUUUUUCUGAAAUGGCAAAGGUAUACCUACCUGAUCAGGAGCUUGAAACUAAGGUGAAAAAAGCCACAGAGAGGAUAUCUGAAAAUAUGCAUAUAGUGGCUAACGAGCCGUCUCUGGCCUUUUAUCGCCUUCAGGAGCAUGUCAGGAAGGCAUUGCCACCUAUGGUUGAAAAACGUGUUGAAGUUUUAGCGCUUCAACAACAGCUGCAAGGGCGCUGUUACGACGCCGAGUAUGCUGUGAGCGCUAUCAAAGCGAUGGAGGGGGCAGGGAAAAACUAUGACAACACAUUGGAUCUUAUUAAGAAUGCCAUAUUCUACAAACAACAAUUAAAGUAUCAGGAACAGCGCAGAUUGAAGAAAGAUGGCUCCAAGGACUCUGUCUACAAGAGGCUUUCAGCUCACAUUCCAACUCUGGAACACUUACCUGAUGAGAUAUCAGACGUCGUCAGAGAGACGGCUAAUAAAGUUGAAUCUAUGAUGAACCAUGCUAGACACUCCACUGAUGCUCCGAAGAAUUCUAAUUCAUAAUUUCUGUUUUGAAUUGUUGCUGGUUUCAUUCAAUUUUGUACAUACCAAAUCAUUCAGAGCAUCAUCUGCUUCGAUACUUGAAUUGUUCUUAUUUUAUAUCCUCGUUACUUGCUUAGUGUUCAAAAUAUAUGAUUCGUUG